AUGAAGUUUGGGAGGAAUUUACCCCGUAAUAUGGUGCCGGAAUGGAGCGCCAAUUACAUCAAGUACAAGGCGUUGAAGAAAUUUAUCAAAGUGGCUAUUGCGGCAAAGAAAGCCGGGGAGGAGCCUGAUUUGGCCGGUUUCUUUUACUCCCUCGAUCGAAACCUCGAAGAUGUGGACCACUUUUACAACAAGAAAUUCGCCGACUGCUCCCGCCGGCUUAAACUGCUGGAAGAUCGCUUCGGUCACUCUGUCAUGACUUCACAACGGCUUGAUGGGGAAGACUUAGAAGAUCUACUCGCAGCGCUGCUGGAACUACGGGGCCAGUUGAGAAAGCUCCAAUGGUACGGCGAAGUGAAUCGCCGCGGCUUCAUUAAAAUUACGAAGAAGUUGGAUAAAAAGCUUCCCGGUGCACAAGCACAGAUGCAAUAUCUACCAACCAAGGUCGACCCUUCUCCGUUCGCGACCAACUCCCGACUCACAACUUGCAUGAAACGGGUCAACGAUUGGCUAUCAGUGCUCGGGGAUGAAAAGGCCUUGGAUGAUGCCAGUUCUACCCACUCUUCUCUCUCUUUGAAAAGGGUGCCUUCCCGCCAGAACUUGAAUCUUCCCGCAAGUUUGCUUCAGGCAACCCUGAAGAUUGCUGCAGAUGAUUUGGGCGAUAAUGUAUACCCCAAGGUCUUGAAAUCACUUCUGCAGCGGUCGAUCUUCAAUCGUUCGAAAGCAUGUCUCGUCUCGAUACUCGGAAAAAUUGAUAAUCUAGAUGAAGAGGAAGAUAUCAACAAGCGAAAUUGUAUUCACCGUUUAGUGAUCUCUAUUGGAAGAUCGCAGACAACCGCGGAUGCAGAACAGUCUGCUUCCAUGGUUCUUAACUUCCCUGUUGACAACUCGAAUUACAUUACCCCGGCAGCCCCUCCGUCCCUUGUACCCAUGAUAUCAGUGACAAAGGAAGCAAACCAAACUACAAUUUUGAGGCGGAACGAUCCUUCUGUGUCAUUUCUCGCUUAUUUAUUAAACAACCUCCGCCCUCAUCAACGCUCUGCUCUCAUAGCUAAAGAUAUUUCUGGGCGCACGCCUUUGCACUAUGGUGCGCAAUACGGAUUCAAGGUUGUGUGCGAAGUCAUCAUCGAACACCUACAAGCCUGGGAUAUGUUUGAUGUCUCUGAGGGGAUUGAUGGCCCGAAGUGGCAAGACGAGGAGGGGUGGGCUCCCCUUCACCUGAGCGUCGUUGGUGGCCACCCUCUUACGACUCGAGCCCUUCUCGAUGCCGAAAACUGGAGGGGCCAAAAUGAGGAGAAAGCGGCUAUCCGCAAACAUGUUUCAAAAUCCAGUGCUGUUCUCGCUUUAGCCACCAAAGCAAACUUUGUUGAUAUUGUUCAACUCCUUGUCCAUGCCGGGGUGGAUAUCAAUUAUCAAGACGAGCAAGGUGAAACUGCAUUGCAUGUUGCCGCUCGCUUUGGCCAUGAUAAAUGCGCAAAGGCUCUUCUUGACGGUACUGAUGAUCAGAAGGCAAAUACGGAGCUUGCGGAAAACACUUAUUCGUGGACACCUUUGUUUAUCGGUUGCGUCGAUGGCAAUAUCAAUGUCGUCCAGCUCCUGAUUGAUGCGGGGGCUGACCUUGAGAGGCCUGACUCUUCUGGUUGGACUGCUAAAGAACACGCUGCCUUGAGAGGACACAUUGCCAUUGCUAAGCUUCUGGCAGAAGCCACGUCCGCACCUGACUCUGCCAGUGAGCUUGAUGUUUCCCCUCCGGCGACCCUCUCGUCGUCUCCGCCUCUACAAUCUUCCCUUGCCGAUCGCAAAUCUAAUACCAAUGGAAACGGUAGGCCUGCGGAAGCCAUCAAGAGCUUUGGCCAUAGAUAUUUAACCGAUGAGAGCAUGGUCUUGGUUAGUCUUGGGACGAUGGACAUGAGAAAGCACAUCCCAGCAGUUAACCUUGACCGUAUCCCUAUGGCGAAUGCCCAUCUAACACAGCUCGACACUGCUUUAUCUAUUGUUGUUUCUGCCAGUGGUGCUCACGGUGAACCAGAAGUCAUCGACCUACCAGUACAAGAGAACUUAUCUACAGAGCCAAUCGUCUUCCACUCGGCUGAUGCGAGCAAAGUGAAAAUUAUCUUUGACUUGGUGCCGACUUACGCUGGGACAAAAGAUCAAAUUCUGGGAAGAGGAGUUGCGUUAUUGUCUAGUAUCAAGCCAAGCAUCGGGUCCAAACGCAUCAGUCUUCAAGGUGAUUCCACGGUGCCAAUCAUUGCUGCCAAUACUCUUGACGUUAUCGGAUCCGUUACGUUCAACUUCUUGAUCAUUACUCCGUUCAACCACCCGAAAAUGUCUUGGAAAAAACAUCGCUGGCCGAAAAUCUUUACAGCUAGGGGAGAAUACGCUCCAGAUCACGUUCCUGUGAUUUAUCAUGACUUUCUCGUCAGUGAAACAGGAAUUGAUGCCCCGGUGCAUACCCUCACCUUGGAACAAGUAAGCAGUCGAGUGCCAAAUAUUUAUUCAAGCAAGUCUAAACAGUUCCAGUUUUUGCAUAUCAGUGAUGGUCGAACGCCGCGCCCAAUACAACUAACCAAAAAUGCUCGAAUUGCCAACCCGUCAGUAAAUAAUUUGCGGGAAAUGCCAUUUAGGCAGCGAUCCAUGUCGGUUGGCGAGGAAUUAGGUGUGCCAAACCUUGAUGAGAGAAUGAAACACACAAGGGACUUUAAGAAAAAGGGGUUCAAGGGCAAUACUCGUGGUAACCAUAUUCAAGCGCCUUUUGUCACUCUGGAACAAUUAUUCAAGGAAUUGCCAAAAUCGGUUGGCUUUAACAUGGAACUGAAGUACCCUAUGCUCCACGAAAGCGAGGAGGAAGAAAUGGAUACCUACGCCGUUGAGCUCAACUCUUUCGUCGAUACAGUUCUCACCACCGUUUAUGAUCUUGGAGAAGGUCGAAAUAUGAUCUUCUCCUCGUUUAACCCAGAUAUUUGCCUACUAAUCUCGUUCAAACAACCUUCGAUUCCCGUCUUGUUUUUGACGGACUCGGGUGUCGGAGCUGUUGGGGAUAUCCGUGCGAGCAGUUUACAAGAAGCUAUACGUUUCGCGUCUAGAUGGAACCUUCUGGGUGUUGUCACGACGGCUGAACCGUUAGUGAUUAGCCCGAGAUUGGUGAGAGUGGUGAAGGAAUCUGGUUUGGUGUGCGUGUCGUAUGGGAUGGCGAAUAAUGAUCCAGCAAAUGUCAAGUUACAAGUUAACGAAGGCAUCGAUGCUGUCAUUGUCGAUAGCGUUCUCGCUAUCCGGAAAGGCUUGACGGAGGCCGAGAAUCCAACUGUCUGA